AGAACUCUUCGCGAGUUAUUAUAAUAGGGGUUGCGGAUAUUGUUGACAACUUGACAUGGGAAUGCUGCCAUGGCGUCAUGCAUGAUGAGGAUUUACGUGGAGUACCUACAUAUCGUACGGCAGAGAGAGCAGCGCCCCAGCCUGGCUGGGGCUCAACUCAGUACUACAACCAAGCACAACUCCCGGUGAUACCCUUUCACCGGGUCGGCACCAGGCAGUGCUCUAUCAUCGUUCUCUGAGUCUCUGACCCGAUGUUGUUGCUAUUUCCAGCCGCCGUCGCCUCACCACUCAAUUUUCAGAGACUCUGCUCCAUGUACUGGGUUCAUUUCGGAGCCGAAUAUGCCGGGCGGGAAUCAGCACAGCCUGCCCACACUGGACAUCUCGGUGGCAUAAAUAACACUCGUGGACCACUCGGUUUUCUUUUCAGCAACACUGCACACUCGCUGAUCCAAUCGUCACUCUCGCUCACUCACCCACUCGACCUCAGCUUCACCGCAAAACCAAAUAAAAAAAUGAAGUUCACAUCCACCGCGACCGCCCUCUCCCUGGCCGCGCUAGCUCGCGCCCAACUCGACCUUACCAGCCUCACGCCGGAGCAAUCGUCGGUCUACAUGCCCAUCAUCUCCAAGCUUGCCGCGCUGGGAAGCCUCUCCCAAUACUCUUCCUACGAGGCCGCGCUGGAGACGGCAUUGACCGAGUUCGUCGCCACGCAGACCGCCUUCGCCUUCUUGACCAUCCCCACCGGCUCGGCGUUGCAAUCGUACAUCGACGUCAUGUCGUCCGUCAACGUCGAGUUCGCCGCCACCCAGACCGUGAUCGACGGCCCCGCGAAGACCGAGCUCGUCGAGGUGCAGAGCGAGUUCUGGAGCGUCGCGGGGAGCAUCGUUAUGAGCGCUGCCUCCGCCGCCGGAGAGUCGCCGAGCGGGAGCGGCAGUGGGAGUGCCGUUGCGACUGCGAGUGGGAGUGGGAGUGGCAGUGAGAGUGCGACUCCGACGCCCACCGGCUCCAGCGGUAAUUCGACGUCUUCGGCUACGGGAACGACAACCGUCAGGAGCACUUCGGUCAUCUCGAUCACCCGAGCGCCGACUGCGCCUGCUCCCGCCGCUAGCUCUGCUGCGCCCGAUAACAGUGCGAUGGGCUUGAGCGCCAGUGGGCUGAUGAUGGGUGUUGUUGCUGGUGUUGCGGCGGUUUUUGCGAUGGUAUAGGGAGCUGGGAGCUGGGAUGGGGGUACCGGGUGAUGUUUGUACGGCUUAUGUGGGAUGUAAAUAGCACGUUUUGGAUACGGUUGAAGUAACAUGAUGGAGUCUGUGAGCAUUUUUUGGAUACGACUAAAGUAACAUGAUGGAGUUUGUUUAUGCAAUGGAAUUCGU